UCUUCGGCGCUAACUUCACGGACCGAGAGAUAAACGACUGUUCUGUGUGUGUGUGUUUUCCUGUCGACGACUUUGUGUGAGUGAAGCUGCAGUCUGGACGGUUUCUGUUCACUGUGCCGCUCUGUUGUCCGCUGCACUCCAGCUGAACCUGUAAAUCACGAAGAGAAGAGUUUAAGCCGCGAGGAGGCGACGCCAUGGACCCCGCCAGCCAAGAUAUCAACCUGAACUCUCCUAACAAGGGUCUCGGCGCAGAUCGUUCAGACAGCUUGUCCGAUGUGCCCGUGGAGGGAGCGGUAGGGAACUCGGCCAACCCUCCUCCACCCGGCCUGACGGAGGAGGAGGCGGAGGAGCUCCGCACUGAGCUCACUAAGGUGGAGGAGGAGAUCAACACCUUGCGUCAGGUUUUGUGUGCCAAAGAGAGACACGCCGCGGAGCUGAAGAGGAAACUCGGCCUCAGCCCGCUCAACGAACUCAGGCAGAACCUCACCAAGAGCUGGCAGGACGUGCAGACCUCCAACGCAUAUCGGUCUGCCUCGGCCACUUUGGAUGACAUUACCCACUCUGAAGCAUACAAGAAGACUCAGGAGACUCUUUCCCAGGCAGGACAGAAGACGACUGCAGCUCUGUCCACCAUGAGCACGGCCAUCAGCAGGAAGCUCGGCGACAUGAGGGCGCUGCCUUUCUCUAACUCCUUUAGUAGCAACUAUUCCAUUCGCCACUCGAUAAGUAUGCCCGCCAUGAGAAACUCUCCAACCUUCAAGUCAUUCGAGGACAGAAUGGGGAACCUGAAGUAUAAGGUCGUCGGUCAGAGAGGAAACGGGGACCCCGGCUCCCCCACCGACACCACCCCCACUCAGGACAACCCGUCUUUCUGAAUGCACCUUCCCCCCUCCUCCUCGCCACCACCUUCCUCACGACCUUAGACUGUACUGUUACCACCUCAUCGCAGAGCCGCACCUCCACCUCCACCUCAACAACACAUUCGCUCUGUAGCUAGUGGCAGGCGCAGAGUCCCACGCCACCGCCUGCCUCCUCUUCCUCCUUCGCCUGUCUAAAACUCGUUAAAGUUUCAGAAACCACCCGGCUAAAGAAAAGGCGCUAAAAGAUGUCACCUUCUGAAAUUUAACAGCUUUUGCUUUGGAGGGUCAUGCUCAUCAAAAGAAGUCACCCCGCAGGUGUAGUUUGGGAGGUGGGGCUUCUGCAGGUGGAGGAGGUUUUUACAGGCAUAAGUAAACUGUGGUUAAACCUGCUCUCUCUCCUUCUCUGCAUUCACACUGUGAGCACACGCUGCACAGCGCCCCCCGCCGCUCUCUCUGUGUAAACACAGGCAGGUGUACAGGUUAGCGCUUAGACUGAGGAGGGGCGGGGUCAGGAUCCAGGACACCGCCGCCCUCCUCCACCUGCUCCAUGCAUGUGCACAUCCAUCUGAACCCACGCAGCCACCGAGGCCUCGUGUAAAAAACCCCCAAAUGUAAAAACCUUAGACGCCCUUCAGCCAUUUUGUAUUCUCUAAACUUUUACACAGCUUUGCAGAAUGUUUUUACAUAACCUUUAUCAAUAUUAUGAACCCAGUAAAUACACGACGCUGCCGCGGGCGGAGGAACAAACUCGGCUCAGUUUCACAGACGUGUCGGCAAAGACGAAGCGUCCCGUUUGUGAAACCGUAACGAGCUGAAGGAGCGCCGCUGAACGUCAGGCUCGCCGGCCGCUCUCCUUCCUCUCGUUAGCGCUCAGAAGUCGCUGUGAGGCGAUGCUUGGCUGCGAACGCUUCCUGCUGAGUGUCACCGCUUCUCUGUCGGCCUUACUGACUCAGCCGUGUGAGCGACCUCGUUUUCAGGACCUGGCCAAUAAAGGAGGGUUUCCUUUGCAGAAAUGACCCCAAAACAGCUGCUUUCUCCUUUUCAGGGAUGCUCCGCUCAUCGACCACACCUUUAAACUUUACUGCAUUCUGCUCAACAACAGAAACACAUUUUCACUUUGUUUUCGUUAUUUUGUGUAAAUGCCAUCAGUUAAAAGCUCGGUGCCAAUAUUAGUCUCCCCCCGAGGCUCUGCGCUUUGCCAAGAUGAAGCAGAAACGCUCCUGGAGGGAAGGCUGUGGUUUCUGAGGAGCAGCGGACACUCGGACCCCGAUCGUUCUUCUCAGGUGUGUCAGCGCGCCGCCGUGUGUGUGUACACCUGUUUGCCAGCAGACGCAGCAUGAGGCCGCGCUCACCUGUGAUCACGCUUAUCGCUGACAAGCCGCGCUCUCUGAAACUCGUCGGUUUUGCCAAAAUGUGACCGAUAACGAGGCCGAGGCUUUCCAAUCGGCGCUGCCAAAAACCCAUUUUCUCCUUUUGACAAACGGAUCCGGACGAACGCGUCCCGGCGCUGCGUCCUGCCUGCUGUGUGCUGCUUUUCUUUGUGUAGAUGAUGACCUGGUAGCUGGCUUCUGUUUUCCUUUCCUUCUGCUUUUCAGAGGUGGGUUUCUUAUCGGUAAAAUGCCCUCAGUUUAAAUAUCUGUUACAGACUCUGUGUCUCUGCCCUUUGCCAAGAUUAAACCAACCCCUGCACACUACAACAGAUCCUCCUGAAGUCAUUAUUUAGCUCCUGUAAGUGAGAGAAAUCACAUUUUUCUUACACGCAGUGGAAAAUUGAUCAUCAGUGUGAGCAAAAUGGGAUUUCUCAGGCUUAAAACUGCUUUUCCUCGUUUAAAGCUGCACGUGAGCAAUUUUUGGACAGAGUUCUUAGUUUGGGAACGUGCAGCACACAACGAGCACGCUCACUGAGGACUUCCAGCUUUAUCCAGGUCCUGGGCCUCUCAUGUAGAUCAUUAAAGGGAUCAGAUUUGGAAGAUUAUGGUGAAUUAAACAUUUUUGGUUUAUGGUAUAUGUUUGGAUAUCAAUAAAGCAUUCCUUUAAAUGAA